AUGCCCCUUCGACGCGACGCGGCGUUGCUGGAAGACCAGCCGCUGCUUGACCGCGCUGCAGGUGCGGCUGGGAUGGCGUGGCGCCCCUCCCUUGGUUCGCCACCUAGGUCAGAGACCUCCUUGGAGCCCGUCGCCUUUCACGCCGACUUGACGGAAGAUGAUUGCUGGCGAUGCGCGGCAUGCAGAUCUUGGAGCUAUGCCUGGUGCGACCAACGGCAGAGCUGGCGCUGUAUGGACUGCGGUUCGAUGACUUUCUCACUGCAGUCCCAACCAGUUCACCUAGGCCAUCGUGCAGGCACCUUGGAGCCCGAUCCGACCGGCCAGGUUAGAGCUGAGCCCAAUACGACCUACCACACUGACCUUCCGGAGUACCCCACGCACAUGUUCCAGGAUUACCUCAUGUACAUGUUCCUAGAGUUCCCCAAGUACCAGUUGGCUCACCUCCCGGUGGUCCUGACGGAUCACAAGGGUACACCUGGUGGAAGCACGAGCUCUCCGAGCACCUGGAACACCUUGAAAGGACCCACUCAUGGUGUCCGCUACCGCGGCGGACAGCCGCCCCAGCCGCCAGGCUGGCACUAUGACAAGAAUGACCUUGCCGCCUUCCGGAAGUGGAAGAAAAGGAUUGAAAUGUGGGCCUUGCAGGUCGUGAACUACGUCCCAAAGCGCGAGGCCGGCAUCCUUCUCUUCAACAGCCUCAAGGGCGAGUUGGAAGAGGAGCUUGAGGAUGCCCCAUUGGAGAAGAUCUUCGAUGUGGAUGGAGUCACCUUCAUCAUGGACACCAUCCAGAAGGCGGUUGAGACUCGUUCAGUACACCUCAAACGACAGCUGCUCAAUACAUAUGAGCAUAUCUACCGAGCGCCACAAGAGACGAUGAGGAGCUUCGUGAACCGCUACGCUCGCACAGAGCGGGCAUUGGGCACCGUCGGGAUCAAGGUCACCGACAUGUAUGACGCCGAAGCUCGGGGCGCCAGGAUGCUCGAAAGAGCCAAGCUGUCACAAGAACAUCAGCGCCAAAUCCUCAUUGGCACAGGCCAGUCGCUAGAGUUUGACAACAUCAAGGAUGUCAUGCUGUUUCAGUGGCCGGAGCACAAACCGCUCCCGCCACCUCUCCACCAGCCUGGUGGGAAAGGAUUCAGAGGAGGCGCACCGCCGCCAGCCGGCGGAAAAGGCAAGUCAAAGGGCAAGGGUACACCUCCACCUCGUCAGACCUUCGUCACGGAGGCCAACGAGACCGACCUCACCAUGGAGGAGCCCGACAUGGACCCUGACCCGGAAGAGCCUCCAGCAGAGGAGGACGCAGACAAUGAAGUGACUUCUCAAGCCGAUCAGGAAGAGCUUGAGUGGGAUGAAGACGACCCCGAAGUCGCACAGAUUCUCACAGUCACGGCACGAAAGCUAGCGGGUGUUUUGCAGGCCCGCAAGUAUGGAUCUUCAUCGACUUCUACCUCCAUGCCCAAGCGUUCGAUCUCCGACCGGAAGAAGAUGACGCACUGUUCAGCGUGCGGAGCUCAAGGACACUGGGCAGGAGAUGCCGAGUGCGCAGUCAGCGCAAAAGGCAAGAGCUCUGGCAAGGGCACCAAAAGACGGCAAGGGCCUUGGCAAGACCGACAAGGGCGGCAAGACUAG